AUGGAGCGCUUCGCCGAGAGCGGCACGCAGACGGACGCCGUGGUGGUGCUGUCCCUGGCGCAGGCGGCCGUUCUGGGCCUCGUGGCCGAGAACGAGCUGUUCGGGGCCACCGUCAGCCCGGGCGGCUUCUUCCCGGGGCUGGGGAGCGCCCCGCCGGCGCCGGGCGCGGGGCCGGACCCGCCGGACAGCAGCUGUGUGCCGGAGCUGGAGCCGGAGGCGGCGCCGGGGGAGGCYGUGGAGGAGGAGGAGGCCGCGGAGGCUGAGCCGUCCUGCGGGAAGCACGCACGCCGGAGGAAGCGCCCGCCCGUGCGCCUCGUGCCCAAGGUGAAGCGCGAGCAGGCGGAGGCCGGAGAGGAGGAGGAGGCCGCGAGCGAGGCGCCCGGCGAGGAUGCGGCGGAGGCGCUGCACGGCGGCCCGCCCGCUCCCGAGGAGCCGGCCCGCGAGAGGCCGGCCCACGGCGGCGCGCUCAACAUGACCGAGCUGGGCGCCUUGGGCAGGAAGCCGCGGCGGCUGCGGCACCUGCGCCGGCACCUGCGCCAGGAGCUGCAGCUGGAGCUGGGCGGGCGCGCGGCGCGGGGCACCGAGGCCGCAGGCCCCGCCGCGGCGCCCGCCGAGCCCGAGCCCGUCAAGAGCGAGCAGGGCGUCGCGUGGCGCGGCGCCGAGCCCGGCGAGCGCAGCAAGAAGGCGCAGCUCGACCGCCUCGACAUCAACGUGCAGAUCGACGACUCGUACCUCGUGGAGGCCGGCGACCGCCAGAAGCGCUGGCAGUGCCGCAUGUGCGAGAAGUCCUACACCUCCAAGUACAACCUGGUCACCCACAUCCUGGGCCACAACGGCAUCAAGCCCCACUCGUGCCCGCACUGCAACAAGCUCUUCAAGCAGCCCAGCCACCUGCAGACCCACCUGCUGACCCACGAGGGCACGCGGCCGCACAAGUGCGAGGUGUGCAGCAAGGCCUUCACGCAGACCAGCCACCUCAAGCGGCACAUGCUGCUGCACAGCGACAUCAAGCCCUACAGCUGCCGCUUCUGCGGCCGGGGCUUCGCCUACCCCAGCGAGCUCAAGGCGCACGAGGUGAAGCACGAGCACGGCCGCUGCCACGUGUGCGUCGAGUGCGGCCUGGACUUCUCCACGCUCACCCAGCUCAAGCGGCACCUCUCCACGCACCAGGGGCCCACGCUSUACCAGUGCCUCGAGUGCAGCAAGUCCUUCCACUACCGCAGCCAGCUGCAGAACCACAUGCUGAAGCACCAGAACGUGCGGCCCUUCGUGUGCACYGAGUGCGGCAUGGAGUUCAGCCAGAUCCACCACCUCAAGCAGCACUCGCUCACGCACAAGGGUGUGAAGGAGUUCAAGUGCGAGGUGUGCGGGCGGGAGUUCACCCUGCAGGCCAACAUGAAGCGGCACAUGCUCAUACACACCAGCGUCCGUCCCUACCAGUGUCACAUCUGCUUCAAGACCUUCGUGCAGAAGCAGACGCUCAAGACCCACAUGAUUGUGCACUCCCCGGUGAAGCCGUUCAAGUGCAAGGUCUGCGGGAAAUCCUUCAACCGCAUGUACAACCUGCUGGGCCACAUGCACCUGCACGCCGGCAGCAAGCCCUUCAAGUGUCCCUACUGCUCCAGCAAGUUCAACCUGAAGGGCAACCUGAGCCGGCACAUGAAGGUCAAGCACGGGGUCAUGGACAUCAGCCUGGACAGCCAAGAUCCCAUGAUGGAGCUGGGCGGGACGGACGCCGCGGAGCUGGAUGGCCAGCAGGAGAUGGAGGACUACGAGGAGGAGAACUCGUACGAGUACGGCGGGGUGGGCGCCCCCGCRGGCGGGCACGCGCUGGCCGAGCAGGCCAUGAAGGACAUGGCCUAUUACAACAUGUUGUAG